CUCCCGUCUCGUUACAUGUUCCCGUGUUUCUUGUACGUUUAGCGGUUACGGUGUGUCUGACUAAGAUUUCGAGCAUUCGCAUUUUGUGGCACCUGCGUGUGCGUUCACGAUAGCAUUUAAAUCACGUUUAAGCUUCAUAAUGAGUACUGAUAGUAUCGAAAAGCUGUAUAGAAAUUUCGGCAUUCUUGCUGAUGCCAAAGAUAAACUCGUACAGCAUGAAAAGGAAUAUCUAGAAAUUUUGACGGCAGUUAAAGGGUCACCUAAGGAAAAACGGCUAGCAUCGCAAUUUAUUGCAAGAUUCUUCAAACAUUUCCCAAAGUUAGCGGAUCAAGCUAUAGAUGCUCAUUUAGAUUUAUGCGAAGAUGAAGACAUGGCUAUUCGAAAACAAGCUAUUAAAGAUUUACCAGCACUUUGUAAAGACAACAAAGAACAUACAGCACGAAUUGCAGAUAUCUUAGCACAAUUGUUGCAAGCUGAGGAUUCUUCAGAACUGGCAGUUGUACAUAACAGUAUUAUGUCACUUAUGAAAAGUGAUCCUAAAGGUACCUUAAGUGGAUUUUUUAGCCAAAUUAUUAGUGGCGACGAUGGGACAAGAGAACGUUGUAUAAAAUUUCUAGCUAUUAAGCUUAAAGCAAUAGGACAUGACAUUAUCACGAAGGAACCGGAAGAUUUACUAAUAGUAGAAUGUAAAAAAGUAUUGCAGGAUGUGACUGCUGACGAAUUUCACAGUAUUAUGGAAAUUCUUGCAUGGACUAGAUUGGGAUCUACUAUCACUGGACAACAAGAAUUGGUUGAUAUUACGAUAGAACAAGCUGAACUAUCUGUACCUUUUAAGCACACUAAUGUCGAACAGUGGAAUAGAUUGGUUCAAUGUGUUAAACAUGCUGUCCCAUUCUUCAGUUCACAAAUAGAUUCAUCAAAAUUUGUUUCAUACAUUUGUGUACAAGUUUUACCGCACUUGUCUUUGAUGACUUCUCCCAAUAGUAGAGAUAUUCAAUUGGAACUGUUAAAAUUGCUUGCUGAAUUAACCGUGUUUUGUGGAACUAUUGAGAAACCUGAAGAUAAGGUUCAACAACUUUACAAUACUCUUAUUACUUAUAUGCCACUUCCUCCAGCUACAGAAAUUACUGAUGUACCAAAGUUACAAUUUAGUCAUGUGGAAUGUUUAAUGUACGCCUUUCAUAAAUUGUGUAAACAAACUCCUGAAUUUUUGAUGAAAGAUGCAGAACAGCUCAAAGAAUUCCGAUUAAGAUUACAAUAUUUUGCAAGAGGUAUUCAAGGUUAUAUAAAGAAAUUACGCGAAGCCAUUAGCGGAAAAACAGAAGAAGAACUAAAAUCUGAAGAAAAUCAGUUAAAAGUUGUGGCAUUGAAAACAACCAAUAAUAUCAAUACUUUAAUCAAAGAUCUGUUUCAUUCACCUCCUAGCUUUAAAAGUAUAAUACAUCUCUCGUGGAAAACGCCUUCUAACGAUAAAAAGAGCGAUAAAAAUUCUGCCCAAAAAAGACAUACACCAAUUACAUUUGGAAAUGAUAACAGUCCGAAUAAACGUAGUAAGGAAGAUAAAAACAGCAAAAGGGAAAUAUAUACUCCUCCAAGUGGUAAAUAUAGUUCAACCAUAUCAAAUUAUGGUCGCGGUAGAUUUAAAGGCAACAGAUCUAGAGGAAGAGGUGGAUUCAGAACAAGAGGUCGUGGUUCAUGGCGAAAGAAUUUUUACUAAAUAUAAAAUUCCUUACAAUUGGAAACAGCUAAAAUUAGAGUGAUGGCGUUAAGCACUUAUUUGCUUCCUGAUACCAACAAAUGAAAAAAAAUUCAUUUUCAAAGAAGUUAUCACCAAAUUUAACUUUGUUAAUCUUCAUCGCUACAUAUAACAGAAGUGAUAGUUUGAAGACUUUGAUGAAUUAUCAAAACAGAAAUCAGAAAAUCAAUAAUUCCCCAAGCAUUCAUUAAUACUUGAAUGAUACGGGAAGGAGAUUUGGAGAUGCAAUUGUAGCCUUAUAUGAAUAUUUGUGUUUAAUUAUUAUAACAUGAAUUGCAAUGAAAAUUCAAAAUAUUUCAUAUUAUUAUUAUAUAAAAUUAUGAAGAGACAGAUAAUAUAGGGUACAUACGAAUAUAUUUUCUUGACAUAUAAGAAUGUCAAGAAAAAAAUAUUGAUUGACGGAUUUCACAUGAAGGUGGAACUAAUAUAAAAAAGAAAAAAGAAGAUAUUUUUCGUGGACACAAAAUCAAAAUGAUAUUAUUUAAAGAAAUUGAAGAAAGUUCGACGAGAAAAUACGUAUACAAAAAUGAAAAUGCCACAUUAUCGAAUUCAAGUUUAAAACCAUGCAAUUGAGUCACUGAACAUGAAUAUAUCGAUCACAAUUACAGAAGCACGGUUAUAUAGAUACAGAAAUAGUUUUUCCCUGUAAAAAAAAACUUUAAGAUAUUACAAAAAUAUAAUCUCCUGUAGCCAUUCCUAAAUUAGCUUCCUCUCCUCCCUUCCUAAACCUUUAUAUUUAUUGAUAUUUGUUGAUAUUUAUCUGUUGACAGAAUCGAGUUGUGCAUAACAGGGAACGCAGCCAUGCAUAACAACUGUUUUAUCGAAGAAACACUUGAUAAAUAAUUUUUGAUAGGAGAAAUAUUGACCUUGUUCAACAGAAAAAAAGCAACUUUGUGACUGUUAUAAAAUUCUUUAACAUGAUUAGUUUUGCCGUUAGUUUCUUACUGGAUCUAAAUAAAUAAACCAAUCAUGUUGAAGAAUUUUGCAACAGUUGCAAAGCUGCUUAUCUGCUGAACAUAGCCAUUGUG